AGCCAGCUCUUUGCAUUUUUGCCCUUUCAUUGUUUAACAAUAAUAUAAACAUUGUGAUAUCUUUAGUUAUCUGUUUUCCUAAUUAUGAAAACAACUAGUACUAUAAUAUAAUUAUUGUCAUUAUGGUUUGCAUUCGGUUUCUUUUUAUUUUCUAUAACUGGUUAUUUAUCAUGCAAAUGGUUCACUUUUGUUUGAAAAUUUAGUAUUUUUUGAAAUUUUGAAGAUUUGAAGCAUGAAGAAUUUGCAUUGGUUAAAAGAGUUUUCUAACAAUGUGAGGACGGGUAGAAGGCUUUCACUAGGGGAAUACAAAAGAGCAGUGUCAUGGUCUAAGUAUUUAGUUUCUUCUGGAGCUGCUAUUAAGGGAAAUGAAGAAGAUGAUUGGAAUGCUGAUUUGUCUCAGUUGUUUAUUGGUUCUAAAUUUGAUUCUGGGAGACAUAGCAGGAUCUAUAGAGGUUUAUACAAGAACAUAGAUGUGGCUAUUAAGCUUGUGAGUCAACCUGAGGAGGAUGAGGAACUGGCCGCUUUGCUUGAGAGACAAUUCACUUCUGAGGUUGCUUUGUUGUUUCGGCUACGCCAUCCGAAUAUUAUUACUUUUGUUGGAGCAUGCAAGAAACCACCAGUGUUCUGCAUAAUCACUGAAUAUAUGGCUGGAGGCUCAUUGAGAAAGUACCUGCAACAACAAGGACCACAUUCAGUUCCUCCGAAAGUUGUUCUUGAGUUAGCCCUUGAUAUUGCAAGGGGGAUGCAGUAUCUUCAUUCUCAAGGAAUACUUCAUAGGGAUCUCAAAUCAGAAAAUCUGUUGUUGGAUGAAGAUAUGUGUGUAAAAGUGGCGGAUUUUGGGAUCUCGUGCUUAGAAUCUCAAACCGGAAGCGCAAAAGGAUUCACUGGAACUUACCGUUGGAUGGCGCCUGAAAUGAUCAGAGAAAAGCGUCAUACAAAGAAAGUAGAUGUCUAUAGUUUUGCCAUAGUUCUAUGGGAGCUAAUAACAGGACUUACACCAUUUGAUAACAUGACACCAGAACAAGCAGCAUAUGCAGUAACUCACAAGAAUGCAAGGCCUCCAUUACCAUCUGAUUGUCCAUUGGCAUUUAGUCAUCUCAUCAAGAAGUGUUGGUCAAGCAAUCCAAAUAAACGGCCACAUUUUGUUGAGAUAGUCUCAAAUUUGGAGAGAUAUACUGAUUCACUCGAGCAGGAUCCUGAAUUUUUAUCUACCUACAAACCAAGUCCUAGUAAUGUACUUGUGAAAUGCUUACCAAAUUGUAAUGCUGGCAACAAGUUCACUUCUUGAGAGGCUUAGAAGUUAGGACUCUCUUUUCAAUAAUCUGAUUAUAAUUGUAUUAUAUCAAUCCCAAGAUGGAAUAGUAUGGUGCUAUUUGAAUUAA